AUGGUCUCCUGGUUGCUACGCACGCUCGCUCUUACCCUCGCGGUCUCCUCGGAUGUGGUGAACGUCUUCGGCGCGCGCAUCCAGACUCCGAACAUCCGUCUCCCUUCGGACGCGGCGGCGCGCAGGCAAGACGUGAAGAAUAUCUUCUUGACCAGUUGGAAUGCGUACAAGGAGUUCGCGUUUCCGCAUGACGACCUCACACCCCUUUCGGAGUCAUUCACGGAUGGCCGGAAUGGCUUCGGUGCAUCGGCAGUCGAUGCGCUGAGCACACUCGUAAGUGAAACCGCUGAUUACUGUGCAGAAAUCUUCGAGGAGAUCGUGAAUUUCACAAGUCACAUUGACUUCACCAUCUCCCACACAACCGACACCGUCAGCAUUUUUGAGACGACCAUUCGGUACCUCGCGGGCAUGCUGAGCGCGUACGAGCUCAGUGGGAAGAAGUAUCCGGCUCUGAUCAAACAGGCUAACAUCCUGGGAACCAAGCUGAGCGGAGCGUUCAUCAACGGUAACAAAGUACCAUUUGGCGAACUCGAUUUCAACACGAGCAUCCCGGUUAUACAGACAUCCAACAUCGCAGAAGCGGGCACACUCACCCUUGAAUGGUCGAGACUUGCGUAUUACACUGGUAACGACACCUUCCGCGCGCUGGCGGAGAACUCGGUUAGGCAAAUUGCAAGUUUGCCUGCCCCCAUCCCCGGAAUCCCUGCCCAAGGAAUCGACCCUUCCACUGGGCAGUCGGUUGGCGCCUUUGUCACGUGGGGUGGAGGUUCGGACAGUUACCUCGAGUACCUCAUCAAGUACGCGCGUCUCACCAACACCAACGACAAUCUCUUUGCGGACACAUGGGCUACCGCUGUCGACUCGUCCAUCCACACUCUCCUUCGAACAUCUACUGUGGGCAACCACACUUACCUUGCCGACCUCGACGACAGCGCUACUAUUCGCCACGUUGGUUCCCACUUGGCAUGUUUCAUGGCCGGCAACUGGAUCAUGGGCGGAAAGCUGCUCAACAACAACACUAUCGUUAACAUUGGCCUCGCUCUUAACGAAGGCUGCUGGAACACCUAUGCCAGCACCGCCACCGGCAUCGGCCCCGAGGCGUUCGGGUACAUCUCCAGCGACGGCGACUUCACGGGCUCCGGGGACCCGAGCCCGGGCAACCUCGCGUUCUACAACCGCAAUGGGUUCUACAUCCUGCCCGGCAACAGCGACUACUUCAUGCGCCCGGAGGUGCUCGAGUCGAACUUCUACGCGUACCGCGCGACGGGCGACGUAAAGUUCUUCGAGCGCGCGGUGUCCGCGACGAACAGCUUCGCGACGUUCCUUAAGACGCCGACGGUCGCGUUCGCGCCGAUUGACGACGUCGACUCGACAGACUCGGACUUCAUCGACGACAUGGAGAGCUUCUGGUUUGCUGAGGUGCUGAAGUAUCUCUUCCUCACCUUCGACGACCCGAACCGCAUCAGCUUGGACAACUUCGUGUUCAACACGGAGGCACAUCCCUUCAUCGCGCCCGCGGAGAAGCCGGUGUACGGGAGCGGCAAGCUCCGGCCCGCGUCCGAGUUCGAGCCUUUCAAGGCGACGUCCGGCCCGCUUCCCCUCGUCAGCUUCUCGCCCAAGCUGCCUACCAAGAUUCCCGACCAAUGA